AUGACUCCAACGGGUUCUGGAAAGACUAACAAUACUACCCAUAAACCUGUAGUAUCGAGUAACUUGUUGGAAGCACGUCUCGAGCAGGCUGAUCUUCUGAAGAAGAUCGUUGAUGCCAUCAAGGAUCUCGUCCAAGACUGCAACUUCGACUGCAAUGAUUCCGGCGUUGCCCUCCAAGCUAUGGACAACUCCCAUGUUGCGCUCGUGUCGAUGAUGUUGAAGGCAGAGAGUUUCUCCCCAUACCGAUGCGAUCGCAACGUUGCCCUUGGUCUCAACCUCACGUCCCUUACAAAAGUGCUCCGCGCCGCCCAGAAUGAGGAUAUCCUGACCAUUAAGGCAGAGGAUGCCCCUGAUGUGCUCAACUUGGUCUUCGAGAGCAGCGAGAGUGACAGGUUGAGCGAGUAUGACUUGAAGCUCAUGGAUAUCGACCAGGAGCACCUGGGUAUUCCAGAUACAGAGUACGCUGCUACCAUUAGCAUGCCUUCUUCAGAGUUCAGCAGAAUCUGUAGAGAUCUUAUGGCACUCUCUGAGUCCGUCUCGAUCGAAGCAUCAAAGGACGGUGUCAAAUUCUCUUGCUCUGGUGAUAUUGGAAACGGUGCCGUUACCCUGAGAAGCCACAGCAACGUCGAGAAGCCAGACCUGAACGUUGAGAUCGAGCUCACUGAGCCUGUCUCCUUGACAUUCUCCCUCAAAUACCUCGUCAACUUCUGCAAAGCCGCUGGUCUGUCAAAGACUGUCAAGCUCUGCCUUUCCAACGAAGUCCCUCUGUUGGUCGAAUAUGCCUUGGCUGGAAGCAGUUACCUUCGGUUCUACCUGGCUCCUAAGAUUGGUGAUGAAGAAUAG